AUGGGAAAAGCUAAAAAGGGAAAGAAGGGUCAGACGACGGAGGAUGGUGAUAGUGACGUGGAGACGACUACCAUCGAGAACGUAAAACCGGCUCAAACCAAGGGGAAGAAGAAAACAAAUGAUUCAGAAGAAAGUGAGGAUGAAAAACCAAAAGUUAAAUCUAAACAACGGAAAUCUAUUGAUUCUGAUGUAAAGGAAGUCACAAAAAACUUGAAGAAUGUCUCAGUUUCAAACAAGUCUCAAAAGAAGAAAGUAGUCAGUAGCGAUGAUGAAUCCGAUGAUGAUGAACCAGUGGAAAAACCAAAGAAGAAUAAGAAAAAGGAAGAAAAAAGUGCAUUUUCAUUGUUAGCUGUUGAAUCUGGUGAUUCCGCGCCCGAAGCCCCACCUUCUUCCGAUGAUGAAAAACCAAUACAGAAAACACAGAAAAAGGCACCGGAAAAGAAAGAACCGGCAGGGAAAAAAGGAAAAAAGGCUAAAAGAAGGAAAGAUGAUAGCGACGAAGAUAUAGACAAAGUACUGGCUGAACUAGAAAUGGAAUAUGCGGGAAUCAAAAAAGAGGAACCACCAGCGCCGGUAGCACAAGCUGAAAAAGCACCGGAACCAGUAGAAGAAAAACCCAAAACAAAGAAGAAAGGCAAAAAAGAGGAACCUAAACCUGAACAAGCUGAAAAUGAGGCUGUAGAUAAAGGCAGUGAUGAUGAAGGUGAGAUAACGAUAAAGACGGCCGCACAGAAGAAGAAAGAAAAGAAAGAGAGGGAAAAACAAAAGAAGUUAGAAGCAAAGAAGAAAGAAAAAGAACAGGAACCUAAAAAAGAAGCAUCGGAACCGAAAACACCCAUGCAACCAGUGAAAGAAAAGACUGAAACUAAACCUAUUGUAGAGAAAGAUGAAGGAAAAGUUGUUUCUGAGGACAAAGAAGCUGACGGUGAUGCUCCAGCUACUGAUGGAAAGAAAAAGAAGAAAGGUGAAAAGGAUGAUAAAGGAAAAAAAGGUCCAACGAAAAAGACCAUUGCUGCCAUGCAAGAAGCUUUAAAGAAAGUUAAAGAAGAGGAGGAAAGAUUACAAAAAGAGGAAGAAGAAAGAAUACGCCAAGAAGAAGAGAGGGAAAGACAAAGACUGGAAGCGAUCAGAUUAGAAAAGGAACGUAAAGAUAGAAAGAAACAGAAGGAAAAGGAAAGGAAAGAACGACUUAAGGCUGAAGGGAAACUGCUUACACCGAAACAAAAAGCAGAGAAGGCCAGGGCUCAAGCGUUGUUAGAUUCGUUAAAGGCUCAAGGAAUAGAGAUUGGAUCAGCCGAGAAGAAACCUCCCAGACUGGGAACCAGGAUUAAGCCGACGAAAUUGAAGACACAGAUGUCUCAAGAAGAACCAGCUACUCCGGUAGAAGAAAAGAAAAUCGACUUGAAGACGUCAGAUGUUAAAGAAGACGCGCCAAAAGUUGAAGAGAAAAAAGAAUUAGAAGACGAUUCAGUGAAAGACGCGUGGGACGCCGAGUCUUCAGAAGAGGAGCCUGAACCGGAGAAAACAGAAAUUAAGAUAGAAGAAAAACAUGAACCUGUUGAAGAAACGAAAGAGAAAGAAGAAGACGAAAGCUCAGAAGAAGAAGAUGAUAGCUCCGAAGAAGACUCUAGUUCAGAAGAAGAUUCUGAUGCUGAACAGAUGACUGACGCGCAGAAGAAAAGGGAAUUGGUUCUUAAGAGAUUAGAGAAAAGAAAAGAGGAUAAUGAGAAGAACAAAGCGGAUAAUCCGUUGCGUGCGGCUGUAGUAUGUGUUUUGGGUCACGUGGACACUGGAAAGACCAAGAUAUUAGAUAAACUACGAAGAACUAACGUACAAGAUGGUGAAGCGGGCGGCAUCACUCAACAGAUAGGAGCCACUAAUGUGCCCAUAGAAAACAUUAAGGAACAAACUAAACAUGUCAAAGGGGUGAAUGAGAUAUCCUUCAAGUUGCCCGGUUUGCUCAUUAUUGACACUCCUGGUCACGAAUCCUUCAGCAAUCUUAGAAAUAGAGGAUCGUCCCUUUGUGAUAUUGCCAUUCUUGUUGUGGAUAUAAUGCACGGAUUGGAACCACAGACAAUAGAGUCGAUAAAUUUGUUGAAACAGAAGAAAACUCCGUUCAUAGUGGCCUUGAAUAAGAUAGAUCGACUCUACGACUGGCAGAGCGCUCAAAGGAAGGAUGUUAGGGACAUACUGAAAAUGCAACAACCUAACACACAACUAGAAUUCGAGAAACGAAGCAAAGAUGUUAUAUUACAGUUUGCUGAACAGGGUCUGAACGCUGCUUUAUUCUAUUCAAACCCUGACCCUCGCUCCUACGUUUCCCUGGUGCCCACGUCUGCUGUCACGGGCGAGGGUAUGGGCAACCUUCUGGCCAUGAUCGUGCAAGCAUGCGAAGGACCGCUUCAUAAGAGACUUGUGUUCUCACAACAGUUACUCGCUACUGUACUUGAGGUCAAAGCCAUCCCUGGUUUAGGAACCACCAUAGACGCCAUCUUGAUCAAUGGUACAUUAAAGGAAGGGGAUACCAUGGUUUUGGCGGGAACAGACGGACCUAUUGUCACACAAAUACGAUCACUACUGAUGCCGCAACCUAUGAAGGAGUUGAGGGUUAAGAACGCGUAUAUUGAACACAAAGAAGUGGUUGGAGCUCAAGGAGUGAAGAUAGCUGCCAAGGAGUUGGAAAAAGCCAUCGCUGGACUUAACUUACUCGUUGCACAAAAACCUGAUGAAGUUGAUGUCUUGAAGGAGGAAGUGGCUCGUGAGUUGAAAUCAGCUCUAUCAUCCAUCAAGUUGACGGAGCGAGGAGUGUAUGUGCAGGCCUCCACGCUGGGCUCACUUGAAGCAUUACUGGAGUUCCUCAGAACUAGCAAGAUACCCUAUUCGGCUAUUAGAAUAGGCCCGGUGGUGAAGCGUGACGUCAUGAAGGCUUCCGCUAUGUUGGAGCACGAUUCACAAUACGCUACUAUACUGGCGUUUGAUGUCAAGAUUGAGCGAGAUGCCCAAGAACUAGCGGACAACUUGGGUGUGAAGAUAUUCGCGGCAGAUAUUAUUUACCACUUGUUUGACAAGUUCACGGCCUACAGGGAAGAAUUGAAACAGAAGAAGAGGGAGGAGUUCAAACACAUUGCUGUGUUCCCUUGCAAACUAAAGAUCCUGCCCCAGUUUGUGUUCAAUUCCCGGGACCCCAUAGUGGCUGGUGUGAUGGUUGAGGCUGGUAUUGUUAAAGAGGGUACACCGAUAUGUGUGCCCAGCAAAGAGUUCGUAGAGCUGGGUAUAGUGACGUCCAUAGAAGUGAACCACAAGCAGGUAGAGAGCGCUCGCAAGGGUCAAGAAGUGUGCAUCAAGAUAGAACCCAUACCGGGAGAGUCGCCCAAGAUGUUCGGGAGACACUUUGACGAGACUGAUAUGAUGGUCAGCAAGAUAUCUCGAGCCAGUAUCGACGCCUGCAAGGAUUACUUCAGGGACGACCUCAUCAAAACCGACUGGCAGUUGAUGGUUGAAUUGAAGAAACUCUUCCAGAUACUCUAA